AUUACACGUAUUAUCAAAGCAUUGUUUAGUUGAACUAACAUGAACACACACUGUGUGUUUAGAACUUCUCUGGACUAGUUAGUAAACGUUGCAGGAACACCUCCAUCAGUCUCUGCAGAGUGCAAAGACGGCAUUUCUGCAAUGUCGACAAUGCAUGAGGGGCAAUCGUGAUUCAGCAGCAUAGAUCCCCUAUCCGCAGUGAAUACAAUGGACUCACAUGCCAGUAAUGUCUGCAGGCCUGUGGUUAAAGAAGAGUGACCUGCCAAUGGGACAUGUGUGAUUGAAGAAUUUCAAGAACAAAGCAGCUGUGUUUCCCUCUUUGUAACCAGCGGCUGAUAACAGUGGGUUGUCCCUAUGGCUCUUAAACCUCUGUUCGUAUUGUUGCUGUGGGCCCUCACUUUGUUUAUUCAUGGUGUCACGUCUUUGUGCGAUGUCGUCUGCUCGACGGACUUCGAUGUUUCACUGAACUGUUCCUGCUCAGGAUCUGUGCCGACAUAUUCUGUCCUUAUCAAAGUCAUGUGCAGUGAUGAAGGACUUGAUGUUCAUGGCAGCUGUGAAGUCAAACCACCUCAAUCCUGGUGCGUAAUGUAUCCGAAGCAGCUUGAUGAAGUUGCAGCCGUUGAAACCAUGUGUAAUACGACAGCCAGUCAAGAGCUUGAUGAUCGAGUAUUAAUGUAUGCCAGUGAUCCAUGGGCACUGAGUGAUGUGGUGAAAGCCCUGCCUCCUGUCGAUGUUCACGUGACAAACACUGCCGGAUUCUACAACGUCACUUGGGACCACGUCAACAAAAUAGACACUCUCACAUACAGAGUGCGCGUAAGAGAGAGCAAAGACUUGUCAAAGGAUCCAGCUCAUUCCAUUUUAGUGGGAGUAAAGUACAUUCUGUUAGACUGUGAGAAGCUCAAACCACAUGUCAACUAUACUGUGGAUGUUCAGGCCAAAAUGUCUCCGAAGAAUGUCUAUUUGGGUCCAUGGAGCGAGUGGAGUUCCACUGUAGAAUGGAGGACUAGAGCAACUUCUGCAGAGAUUGAAGGGAUUAAUGGACGUUGGUGGUACUUCUCCAUGCCUGUCAUUCUUGUCCUUCUCGUGUUGCUGGGUUAUUCAAAAAAAACGUGGUGGCAGAAAAAACUCCAGCGGAUUUUACACAUCCCCAAGGCGGAUGAGUUUUUCAAGCCCCUCGACCUCAACUAUGGAGGGAACUUCAAGGAGUGGGUGAAGCCUGUAUUCAGCGAAUGCGAUUACGUAAGGAUCAACUCACAUGCUCAGAUAAUAAGUGAGAAGCAGCACGAAGUCCUUCAAUGGAACAACGAGAAACAAAGUUACAGCGAAGACAACGAGAUGAAACAAGGUGGUGAUUUCCUCCUGCAGCCUCACAGCAACUCUCUGCUGUUCUUCCAGGACGGUGGCAGUUCACAGGGCACUGGACACUCCGCCGGACACGUCUCCAUCCAUACUGUCACCCUGUCUGGAGAAGAAGAGUUUGAGCAGGAAGUCAUGUCACAGAGAUCUGUAAACAGCUUCAGAAGUUUCCAAGGUGGAGAAAACUAUGCUUCAUUUGUGGAGGACAACAGAGAACACGCAGGCUACGAUUUAGAGGAACCUUUUAGGCAAAGUGGGAUAUUACCACAACAUGAAAACCAAAUUUCUAACAACUUAUCGGUGGAAAAUAUAAACUUUCAGCCACGUGCCCCGCUUAACGAACCAGAAAGGGUAUCACUCGCCUCGUUCGCCUCAAACGAGCCGUCAGAAGACGGCUAUCCUCACGUGGACUUUGAUACUAUAGACAGUGGUUUUGGAGAGUGCGGCAGCCCUGGAGCCUCAGACUUAAAAAUAACUGAGCAGAUGGACUCCAAUUUAUUUCAUGAGCACAAAAGCUCCAAUUCUAACUAUGUCAAGCAGUGGAUGACAUGUAGCUCUAACGAAGAAGACUCCAGCAACUCCACGAACGAACUCCACGAAACACAGUGAUCUUUGCUUCUGAUGUACUGCCACAAUCACAGUUGUUAUUGCUGUGGGACACGUAUUUAAAAGAUAGACAUUAUUGUUGACAUUUUAAGAAGAUAUACUUUGAUUAGAAGUAAAUUGGCAGUAUCUGCUUAGCAUAUCAUUCUGUAUAUCCUGUUCAUCUUGAAAUGUUUUAGUUCUUGCAUUUUGUGCUAUGUAUAUAGUCCGGGUUCUUUUUUUCUCAAACAUGUGUUAUUGUGUUUUUCGCUUUUAAAAUGACAGUUCAAAGAGACGGGAGAUUUGGUUGGAGAGAGAAGAAUGACAUGUAUGGAGACAUAUCAAUUAUAUUUUUCAGUGUAGAAUAAAAUUUAGAUCUGUCCAUCAAUUGUUUAUUGAUCAUUUAAAGACAGACAAGGGAAAUGGGAUUAAAAUUCCCCAAUACAAUGAUCUUUUUUCUUUUUUAAUGCAUCAUUUGAAUGCUAAUUUAAUUCAUCAAGUAUCAAUUUAUUAAUAGAUCAUAAUAAAGCACUGAGAAAGUGAAUAAUUAUUUUCCAACACUCCAGACUCCGUAGAUGCCUAUCGCUUUGAUUUAUACUGCUGGAGGAUGUUUUUUGUCACUUUUUAUCGCACAGCUUCAUAUUCUCAUACUGUCACACCAGCAUACAUGCUGCCUUAUCAAGAUGUCUGAUAAUGUCUGCUUCUCUCGCACAUGUAUUUUCUCAGUAACCACUGUAACCAUCCGUCCUGUUUUUUUGCAAAGUCAGUUAAAAAAGAGCAAACUUAGAGCAAAUAUGUAUUAUCUGUUAUUUCUCUGGCCUUGACCACAUCCAUCAGAAGGAAAUCCAGAAUGAAAAGCUUUGACAAUAUAUUGUUUCAUGUUAUGAAGACAAUGUAUAUAGUUACUGCACAUACACUAUGGAAGUGCAGUAUUUCUACUGGGGGAAAGUUCACAUUAAAAAUGACAAAAUGAAUAUGCUAUGCUAAUAUAUUUUGCUUUUCUGAGCCCAUGUUGCUUAUUUUUCCGAUUCUAGGCCACAUACGACAUAACUUUAGGAUAUCUAAGAUUUCAAAGCUAAGCAUUUCCCAGGUUCUGAUGAAAAUCUAACUGAUAAUAUCUAACAGUGUAAGAAGAUAUUUCCUACUGAAAGACCACCUAAUGGUUGGUGUUAUGGGAGGGGGAAGUGAGGCUCAUUUACUUUCCAAGUCCAGAGUUUCCCUGACAGCUUAUGGUCUCAGAGUGUUGAUUGUUGUUGAAAUACAAGUUUGUUUCUUUACCCUACACCAAUCUUUCUGUUACUGUCUAUACCUUUCACAACCGGUGUUUGACCUUUUCAUUAAAAUGAUAUUCACAUUGA